GGCUUUAUUUUAGUGGCAUGGCCAUAUGUUUCUGUUUCAUAAAGUUAGAAAAUUAUGAUGAGAGAGAGACAGGAGCUUCUUUAAACAUAUUGGAAUAUUGAGUGUAAAAAUCGUACUAGCAGAGGUCUAGCUGCAGUACAUGUCAUUUGCUCCCUCUGUGUAAUUCAUAGCUGGUAAUGGCUUUUACGGUGGAUAGAUGUGAAGAGAUGGUGUUUACCGUGGAGUCUCAAAAGGCAGUUCCUGCACCAUUCUUAACAAAAACAUAUCAGCUGGUUGAUGAUCCUCUUACUGACCACAUUGUGUCCUGGGGUGAUGAUGAAACCAGCUUUGUUGUAUGGAGACCUCCUGAGUUUUCAAGGGAUCUUCUUCCCAACUAUUUCAAGCACAACAACUUCUCAAGCUUCGUCAGGCAGCUCAAUACCUAUGGAUUCAAGAAGGUAGUAGCUGACAGAUGGGAGUUUGCAAAUGAGAACUUCAGAAGAGGAGCAAAGCACUUGUUGUCUGAGAUCCACAGGAGAAAAACAUCCCAACACCAUCACCAGCACUACCCUGAGCAACCACCCCGAUUUUUCCAACCAGAAGAUGGUUUUAGUUGGAUCGAUCCUCCAUUUCAAUCUCCAAAACCAAGUACUGACAUCCUAACUGCACUCUCAGAAGAUAAUCAGCGACUGAGAAGGAAAAACUGCAUGCUUUUAUCAGAACUCUCCCACAUGAAGAACCUCUAUAAUGACAUUAUCUACUUCAUCCAAAACCAUGUAAAACCAAUGCCCUAUGAGCAAAAGGCUUAUAAUGCAGCACCUAAGCUAAUAGAACUGGGCUCUUCAUGUCAGGAUCAAACCACUUGUUCUAGCAUUCAAAGAGCUAAGAAUGGUACUGUUUUGGGUCAGCAUUCAUUGACAUUGAGUACUGAGGAAUCAACUAGUCCUGUGAAGCUCUUUGGAGUCCCUCUCAGUGGCAAUAAAAGGCUGCGUCCAGAAGUGAUCGAUUAGCGGCAACAAUAUCGUAGGGUCUCCAUUAAUUAGCCUGUACCGCAGGUUGUAGUCGUUCUCAGUAAGAGUUAUCAGAAGAGAAGCUCGUAUACAAGUAGCUGAAAGUUCAGUUGGAGUUAAGCUACUUGUAGCUACUUCAAAAUCAGCAGCAAAAAAGAAAAAAAAUCUUUCCAUUUCCUUUUUUUGGCAAAUCUGCAGCAAAAUAUUGGCUUCUCAUUUAUAGAUAUUCCUAUAAAUUAAGUAGUUAGAGUUUCUAUAUAUAUUAACCUCAUUUUCCUUUU